CUUUACACACAAUUCAUGACUUUGGCAGCUGCCGCCAUGCAUCAUUCAUUUUCUCCAAACCUGGUUCGACCUAACCUGCCCUUGAGGAAACCGUCGUCGAGCCCCAUGACUCUUCUGACCCCAAGGCCUCCGGCUCCUCCAAAUCCUCUCCCCGUGCCCGACGCAACAACUGUGCGCACGGCGUCAGACGCCAUUGGAGACGGUAAAUCACGGGAUCAAUCUGCAGUGUUGUCCAUUCCCCCAGCGCUGACUGUACAUUUCUGCAACUACUGUGGUCAUCAAGGAAAUCUUCGGUGCAAGGGCUGCAAGAGGACACCUUACUGCUCUGUAGUGUGUCAGGCAGAAGACUGGAAUGCACACAAGCACAUGUGCAAGUCCAUUGAUCCUGUACCUGUAAAUGAGAAACUUAAGGACACCACAGCUUCGCCAGUGACCGGGGACAAAGCCGGCCUGCUUGAGUCUAAGCAAGGGGAUGAAUUCAGCUUCCAGAGGGUCUAUUUGAAGGACUUGCACAUGACUAAAAUCAUCAAGGGAACAGAGAUCCAGGCAUCUGUUGUGGAGUUCUACAGCCCUGGCAGGUUUUUCCUUCUUGCCCAAAGCCCUGAGCUUCUGGAAGCUCUGCAAAACAUCAGCACAGAGCUUCAGAAAAUGUACAGCUGCCCAUCGGUGACGACAUAUGUUCCCUGUGUUGAAGAGGUUUGCGCGGUUCAGUUCUCCUGUGAUCUGAACUGGUACAGGGGUCUGGUCCAGACCUUGGCUGCUGACCAGAAGACGGCUAAUAUCCUUUACAUUGACUUUGGCAAUGAAGAGACUGUCCCUGUAGACAGGAUCAAGCCCCUGGCUACUAAUAUCCAGCCAUUUUGUCCAUGCGCAAUGGAGUGCCGUAUCACCGGAGUGGUGCCAACGACUAGUAGCUGGUCCGAUGUGUGCUGUAUUUCAGUAAAAAAGCUGUUGGCCGGCAAGACUCUGACUAUUAGGCUGAUGAAAACACAAGAAAAGGAUCGCAUCCAUUCUGUGGAUAUCCUAUUUCCUACGGGAAAUAAAUUGAGCUCAUUCCUCCUUGAGCAUGGUUAUGCAGAAGAGGAAGCUGUCAACAUGGCACCAACUCGGCAGGAAAUAAGUAAGCCAUAUGAUGCCAUGGUGACUGCAUCUUUGGAAAACUUCAGGCGUCUCUCUGAUGGAAAGGAUGACAACACUUGGGCUCAGCCGCCAGAGCCACUGACACAGGCACUGGGUGACUCCUUUUCUGUCAUGAUCACCCACCUCCAGUCACCCAGUGAAAUUAUCAUACAGAAGGUGGAGAAUGCUGGAAUGAUUCAGGAGUUGCAGCUGAAGCUGAGGGAACACUGCUGUCAGGUCCCAGCCCCUCAGAACUUCAGGCCGGCCCCCGGCACAGUUUGCUGUGCAAGGUUCUCAGAGGACAAGCAGUGGUACAGGGCUAAAGUUCUGGGUUAUUCAUCAGAGGAACGUGUCUGUGUCGGCUACAUUGAUUUUGGCAACUCUGAGGAAGUGGAUUUAGCUAACCUGCAGCCUAUCAGCACCCCCCUACUGGCCUUGCCAAUGCAAGCUAUGCCUUGUGUUCUAGCAGGGGUGCAGCCAUUUGGGGCAAGCUGGUCAGGGGACUGUCUGCUGGCUCUGCGGAAAAGGGUAUCAAACCGAAUACUGCGCAUUGAGAUCGAGGCAGCACACGAUGGCAAGGCUUUUGUGACCAUGAUUGAUGAGGCCAGUGAUCCUCAGGCCAAUGUAGCCGAGCUGUUGUGCGCUGCUGGUUUCGCUGCACCUGCUCCUAUUCCCACUGGUAGUGACCAGCAGGCCGACCAGACGGCAACUGCUGCUGUGGAACCACAAGUGCCUACCCCUGCUGCUUGUGAGCCUCUGGUGUGGUCUUGUACUGAGCUUCCCUGUGACGGCCAGACAGUGGCACUGCUUGCUAGUGUCGUGGAGAACCCUCAAGAGUUUUACUGCUGCAUCAACAAUCCUACAGCCCAUCAGCAGCUGAUAGAGCUGGGGACUGAGUUGACACGUCACUGUGAGGCAAACGUGUCAGCUUUUGUGCCCAAAGUAGGGGAGCCCUGUUGUGCCAUGUUUCCUGGUGAUGGAGAGUGGUAUCGGGCUAUGGUAAACGGGCUGUCUGAAGAAGACGUAUCCGUAUACUUUGUGGACUGUGGUCAUAGCAUGAAAGUUAAAAAGAACCACCUUCGAUCAAUUACAAACCAACUCCUGACUCUACCCUUCCAGGCAAUUCGCUGCUGGCUCAAAGGUGUGGAGCUUCUGGGAUCAGAGUGGAGCAGUGAAGCCUUGCUGUUGUUCCAGACUCUGGUGGCUGGCGAGCAGCUCUCUGCACGUGUCCUUUCUGUCACUGACCAAGGUUACGGUUUGGAUCUGGAGAGCAAAGGGCAGAAUGUGGCAACUGCCCUCAUCUCCGAUAAACUAGCCACAGAGACGCGUGCAACCACUGGUUCUGGGCACACACACCAAGAGAAAAUACAGAAAAAUGAGCAAAGCCCAAAACAUGCGCAUUCCUCUAACCAGAUGACAGGAUCCAGUUCCAAAGAGAUGCCAACUGAGGGGCGGACUGCAAUGCCAUCGGAAGCCCUGUGUUUUCCAGUGGACUGGAAGACAGUGGAGCUGCCUCUCAACAACACUUUUCAGCCUUGCAUUGCUGCCAUCACCAGUCCUUCCCUCUUCUACCUGCUCAGUCCUAGCCAGGUGGACCCGCAGAAGCUUCAGGGGGUGAUGAUGGAGCUGGCUGCCUACUGCAACAACAAUCAGGCCGCUUUAUCCUCCACUGUCUUGAGCAGACCAGCUCCUGGGGCUGCCUGCUGUGCCCAGUUCUCUGCUGACAAUGACUGGUACCGUGCGGUGGUCCUGGAGGUCGGUGAGAAUGAGACGAGUGUCAUCUACGCAGAUUACGGCAACACUGAGAAGGUGCCCUUCUCCCGUAUCUUGCCCAUCCCCAUGAACCUGCUGCAGCUCCCCUUUCAGAUCACUCGUUGCACCCUCACUGGUAAAGAACACUUCCCUGCAGAGAUUCCAGAGGAAGUGCAGCAGAUGUUUCAAAACCUGCUGUUGAGUGGCGUCCUCGCCACCGUCCAAUCCUUCAAUGGCUCGGAGAACGUGCUGUCACUCACUCUGCCCACUGAGAAGGGCGAGGCACACAUCACCGCCAUGAUCUUGGAUGCACUACAAGCCCAGGCUAAGAGUCAUCCUUGUACAUCCAUCACCCAGAAGGUUGACCAAACUGACAGCAGCCCAUCUGCUGCCAGCACUACAGCUGUAGCUGACUGCCCCAUCUCAAAGUCUGAAACCCCAAAGGAGCUUGAAAAUCCAGCAGCUACCACCGGCCUCACCAUGAACCCAGAGCCGGCCCCCGAGACCUCCCAGCAGAAGACAAACACUUCUGCUGGGACAAUCAAUGAAGAUCCCGUUCAGAAGAUUGUUGAGCAAAUGGAGCCUCCAUGCAAAAUAACAAGUUCUAAUGAUCCUCCGACGUCUGGCUGCUGCUGCCUGAAGCUGAUGACAAAGAUUGACCACCUGGAAAAGUUGCUUCAGCAGCAGCUUUCUCUCAUCACACUAUUUUUGGGACAGAAAUAA